CAAACCAAGAGCAAAAAAUAGGCAAGGUCAUCCAUGGACUCCCUCAAGUCCUGCUCCAUCGAUCACAUGCAUGCAUGCAUGCAUGCACACAGGGGCUAGCUAGAUCUCUGGCUAGCUACCAUCAUCCCAAACUCUUCUCUUCCACACACGCAUGUCCCCCCAAGGUGAGGAAAAAGGAAGAACGACGUGCGUACGAACGAGUCGAAUCGUCGAUCGAGAAACCAAGAUCAGGCCGGUCGGCGGAUCGAUCUCGUUGAACAAAUGGAGAGGAGCAAGGGCCGCCUCUCGCUGCUGCUCCUCGCGGUCGUGCUGGCGUCCCUCGUUGCCGGCUCGUCGGCGGGCAUCUACCACAUCGUCGGCGCCGGCAAGGGCUGGACGAUGGCCCCCAACAAGACCUACUACGGGGACUGGGCCCGCACCCGGAACAUCAGCGUGGGCGACAAGCUCAUGUUCCUGUACCGGAGCGGCGUGUACAACAUCGUGGAGGUGCCGAGCCGGGACCUGUUCGACGGCUGCAGCAUGCGCAACAUCACCAACCGCUACCAGAACGGGCCCACCAUCAUCGAGCUCAUCCCGCCCGCCGGUCCGCGCUACUACUUCUGCGGCGUCGGCAAGCACUGCGAGGAGGGCCAGAAGCUCAAGAUCUACGUCGCUCCCUUCGCGCCCUCGCGCACGCAGAACGACGACCCGGCCGAAGAGGACGACGUCUAUGACGACAUGUCCGGCGGCUCGCCCGCCCUCGCCGCCAUGCCGCUCCUCGCCCUCGCCGCCUGCUUGCUGCCGCUUCCGCUCCUGCUGCUGAUGUAAACUUGAUCCAUCAACGUCAACGAUCUGUCCAUCGUACUCCUAUAUGUGUGCAUGCAUGCAAGCUACGGUUUUUUUUCAUUUUCAUCAACAAAAGAAUUUUUUAGAGGAAAAGGCAGAUGCCCCGAUUCCAUUUCAU